AUGGAUGAUGAAGAUGGCUCUCUCUUACCCCUCACUCCGCCAAAUACAAGUGACGCCGAGGACCCCCACGAUGCCGAAGCCAACACUGAAAACUCCGACAACGAAUCCCUCCUAUCCUUCAACUUCGACGCCCCAGCCGCAGACGUCCCCCGCGAAGGCGCCAUCUUCGCAACAUGUGCCCCCACGCCCUCCUCUCGCAUGCCCGAAUCAAUCCGCAACCUGGGCAUCCUCCUCAACAGAAAGCGUCGAGCUGCCGCGCAGAGCGCCAUGCGCGGCGGCGCAACAGCGUGGCUCGAUCAAGAUGACAGCGGCACCUACGACCCGAAACGGAAACGCGCUACUCCCGACGAGCAGCCGCAGAAGAAGGCCAAAAAACGGAAGCGUUCUCCUGUCCUUGACGAAAAUGGGAUUCCGCAGCUGAGGAGAGAGGCGUAUAAGGGUGGCUAUUCCUUGAUGGUUACCUUAACCCUCGAGAGCGAGAAAGGGGUCCAGUAUCUAAGGAGCAUCGCCCCUGGUCCGCUGGAGUCCGGAUCCAGCCGCUCUUCAUCCAAGUCUUCGGAUUCAUCAGCAGACUCGGACCGCGACUCGGGAUACGGCUCCUUCCCCAAGCCGCGCCGUCGGGAGCGGCGCCGCCAGCAGCCGGAACGGCUAGGCGCCCCGUCCUUCCGCGCCGACGGUCUCCGGCUCGAGGACCUGACCGUCGGACACCCGCAACGAAGAGGUUGCAAAGCGUGUUUCGAAGCCGGUGAUGACGGGUGCUCGCUCAUUGGGGAUAUCUCCGGGUUCCCGUGCGAGGCGUGCAGGGAUGCGAGUGUGGAGUGCGAACUGAUUCUGAAGCCGGGGUUGAAGAGGGUCUGUGAGCGGUGCAAGAGGAUGAGGAGAAGUUGCAGCUAUCGUACGGAUGCUGGGCGGGGUGUUGAUUCUUGCAAUCUAUGUGAGGAAGAUGGAGUCAAGUGCUGCGCGGGGCCGAUGAAGGAGAGUUCUUACGCUAGACGGUUUGAGAGGGGUGAGAGGCAGAGGGAGAAUGAGGAAGCGGAGGGGAGGGAGAGGAUGUGGGUUGCUUGCAACCAGUGCCGUGGUGCUGGGAAGCGCUGCUCUAAUAAAGGAAAGACGGAUUGGGGACCUUGCUCUGGAUGCCGGAAGAACAACGAGGAAUGCAAAUUUGUGCUGCCGAGCCAGAGACAGCCAUUGGAGACUGUUGAGCCGUCGCUCCCCAUCCAACCCAAGAAGCGAAACGGCAAGUCGUCGAGAAGAUCGAAGUGGAGGUCUGAGACUCCUGAGGGAAGGAGACUGGGCAGUGGAGGCGAGUUCCCCACGCCGACUCGGAAUUCCCAGACGCUGUUCAACGAAGUUGCAGCCAGGGAAGGCCGCCGAUCCCGUAAGAAAGGACCCCACCACAUCUUCAAAGUCACCUCCUUCUGCCAUCCCAUCAAGUUCAAUUACGAACCUGACCCAAUGGGCAAGAACCCAUGUUCCUUCUGCGACUACCCAACCUUCGGCAUCUGCGGACUGCAAGAAGCCACCGGCCCGAGGACCGUUGAAGGGUUCUACGUGCCCGCAUCCGAAGGCGGCGGUUUCGAGGAGAUCCACAACGGAUACUCCGAAGCGGGCUACACGCAGACGAAAAUGUGCGUCGGCUGCACCUUUGAUCGGAUCCGAAUUAUCGGGUGCCGGAGCCACCGACUGAGGAAGUUGAUUCACGGUGUUGAUAUCGAUCCCCGGGUGUGGGACGAGGAGGCGUGGGCUGCUUCUUGCGAGGCUAUCCAUGCUCAGGACUGGGAGGGCGCGAGGCUGGUCUAUGAGGCGAAGUACUGCAGCGUGUGUCCGGAUCUCGCGCACUUUGCGUGUGGCACGCAAUCAUUCGCUCUUGAUGGUGGGCAGGGAGAGGGGUGUGGAUUGCUGCUCUGCGAGCGCUGCAAGGAUAUGAUGGGGCACUGCUUUAAAGCGGGUAUUUCAGGUGGAAGCGAGAGCUUGGAUGCCGUUAUUGGAGAGGCCGGACGAGCUAAGCUGCUUUAUCCGAAUGGGGUGAGAGCAGACGCGGAGUUCUUGACGAGUGAUGGGGAGUUGAUGGUCAGAGUUGGCCAAGGAAUGGGCUCUGACUUCGACGAAAAAGGCAAAGAUCGGGAUAGCGAUGAAGACAAGGUCGAGGUGGUUAAACCGAGGACGUUGGAUAAAGGCAAAGGCAAGGACAUGAGCUACUUCGCCUCUCCGGGGAUUGACAAAGGAAAGGGGAAGCAGACAACGCCACGCGUCUGGGUCGGCGAUUUCAGCGGAGGCGGUUGGGUGAAUGACGAGGUUGUUGAGACAAAGGCUCCGACGCAGAUGAGUUUCGGGGCAAAGCUCGAAGCUGGUGUUGCUAAAGCGAUGGCGGGUGGAAUGGGUGGAGGGGUGAAGAUGGAAAGGAAGUCAAUUAAGUUCGGGGAUGAGAUUAGGGCGAGUGGGAAGGCGAAGGAGUUGAGUCGGUGGUGGGAUAAAGAUAAAGGGGAGUGGGGCGAGGUUGAGGUGAUAGAGUUGAGUGAUGACGAGGACUAA